AUGCGUGUCCACGUUUUAAUCUGGAUUUGGAUUCACUUCUCCUUUGGCGAGUCUGAAUUUCAUUACCCAUGUCAGGAAAUCUGCCUUUGCAAAGAGGGGGCCAAGUUUGUGAACUGCUCUGGAGUCAAUGUGACUGACAACCUCAUCUUCCCACCUGAGACUGAGCACUUGGAUUUGUCCAUCAGUAACCUGUAUUCUGUUCCAAGCAAAGUUCUGAGAUCCCUGUGGAAGUUACAAGUUCUACUUCUGAGUGGGAACUACAUCACCGAAGUUGGAGAGAGAGCAUUUAGCUCUUUAGAGAGACUCCAGAAGCUUGAUAUCCAUAGAAACGAGAUUACAGUGCUUGGAAGCAGUUUUUCCACAGGGCUCACCUCUCUCAGAGAGCUGAAUUUGUCCUAUAAUAGGCUCCAGGAACUAUAUUACAGGAACUUCCAGCAUUUUGAGAACCUUCAGAAGCUCAGCUUCCAAAAUAACAACAUCUCCUCCAUAGAAAUGGGAGCCUUCCGGAGUCUGACCCGCUUGAGGCAGCUUCAUCUUCAAAAUAAUCACCUCUUGAACCUCCACAAUGGGGUCUUCUCCAUGCUGCAGCAUUUAGAGUUUCUUAACUUGGAGGGCAACAGGAUAAAGACGAUUUCUCCUGGGGUCUUUACAUCCUUGAACAGCCUAACGGUACUUAACUUGGUGCACAAUGAAAUUGAACAUAUCCGAUUCAAAACCUUCCUAACAAUCCAGACCCCUGGGACACACAUCUUGCUCUCCUACAACCCGUGGAUCUGCGACUGUGACCUGCAGAGAGUCUUUGCGAAGCUGCACAGUGUCAAGCGGCUGAUCUUGGAUGACUACGACAACAUGACAUGCAUGGAGCCGCAAGUCCUGAGAAACCUGUCCCUGUCAUCAGUGGACACCCAGCUCUGCGUCGCAGAGACUGUGACGGUUCUCGUCAUUACCUUCACAGUGUUCAUUACUGUGGUGGCAGCUAUUGUGAUGGCUGAGAGGAACAGGAAGAAAAGGACAGGCAAGCACUGGAGUGAGGACAGUGACAUCUCUUACGAAUCACAAGACUGA